GCUUCGGAGAACUCGAAUGGAAUAGUCGCGAAAUGAUAUGCGCAAGAAAGUGAGCGUAUAAAAUAAAGUUUGGAUAUUUGGCAAACAGUGAAGAAGUGACUUUAAAAAAUAUUCAAAAAUAAAAUUAAAAUUCAUAACAAGAUUACAAAUGUGUAAACAUGUAGAACUUCGUUAAUGAACUGGAAACAUACAUAAUUGGCGAAAUAUAAAAACAAUAAAAAUUUGUAAUAAUUUAAAGUGCACGCUAAAGCUGUAAAUUUAAACAAAGUGAAAAGAUUAUCAUUGAGGAAGUUUAAACACGAAUCGAAACUGUGUACAUGAAAUUACUAAUCAGGUUAAGUCAUCCACAAAAAUUGAGGAAGAAAAGAGAAAUAAUUGAGUACAAAAGAAAUUAAUUUGUCAACGCAACGACGAUUGGAAAUUUGUGUUCAAUUUCUUAAGAUAUUCAGUCAAAGUGUUAAAAAAGAUAAAAUGUCGUCACAACCAACGAAACAACGUCUUAAGAAAUUUAUCUUCGUCUUGAUAAGCGCAUUGUUUACCGUGUUAACAUCGAAGACAGCGAAUUGCAAGCCCACUUUACCAUUUUCAUUGCCACCUGCUUUUCAGUUCAGUUUACCGAAAUUUCCAACAUUUCAAGAGAUUAUCGAGAAGAGACAAAUUGAAGCGAUGAAAACUUACAGUGGUCGUCGAUUAGCAGUCGAUUCACUUCGAAUGAUUUAUUUCAACGAUCAAACGAUAGCAAUUGUGGAAUUGGGACCAGAGAAGCUUCUUCUCAGCUGUGAGCUCAUUGAAAUCUAUGAUGAUGAAGAGGGAGCAGUUCUGCUUCGUAAAUUAUCGAGAAUUAAUCAACCUAUGGAAAUUAAUUUCUACGACAUGUUGAAACUUAUGCAACAAUGCAAUCAAGUGGAGAAGAAUCAAGAUGCAUCGAACAGAAAAGCUCAAAGAUUCGCAGCUUUAUAUAAGAGAAAUGGUGAACGAGACAUUAUUGUAAGUCAAGCACAGACAAGUUCAAACAAUGCUGAUGAUGAAACUCGUGGAGUUCUUGCUGGAAAUCCUUUCUCAGUGUUCAGUGGAGUUUUUCCAGGAACUAAAUGGUGUGGAACUGGUGACAUAGCCAAGAAUUUUCAUGAUCUUGGAACGGAGAAAAACAUGGACCGUUGUUGCCGUGAUCACGAUAUUUGCCCAGUGAAAGUUCGUGCUUAUCAGUCACGAUAUAAUCUUACCAAUAAUUCUAUUUACACAAAAUCUCACUGCGUUUGUGACGAUCUUCUCUACGAAUGCCUUAAAAAAACUAACACAUCAGCAUCUCAAGUCAUGGGUUCAAUUUACUUCAAUCUGGUUCAAGUUCCUUGCAUUGCUGAAGGUCCAGAUGGAAGAAUGACAUUCCGUAAUGCCCGAGAUGGGUUUUGAGAUUGUUAAGGCACGACAUUCUUUUUUCCUUGCUAGUAGUUUCUUGUGUAUAUAAUAAGCAAAGCAGAAAUUGACAUUAUGUACUUUUAAUUAAUUUAUUUUAAAUUUGUCGUAGACGAUAAACAGACAGAAAAUGUUUGAAUGUGAUGAAAACAACUUUUAAGUUUAUGAAAUAAAAUUAUUUUCAAGUUUUAGUCGUUAAA